AGUGAGUGUGUGUGUUUCGAGAACGGACCGUGUUGUGUAGUAUGAUAACGUUACUAUGGCUGAGUCGAGCAGCUCGAGCCAUUCGCACGCGGUUCCGAACGGGUCCAGUCGCCACGAGAAGAGUCUGGGUCUCCUCGCUAUCAAGUUCGUCACACUGCUGCAAGAGACCAAAGACGGCAUUCUCGAUUUAAAAGUGGCUGCAGAGUGCCUGGCCGUCCGACAGAAGAGAAGGAUCUACGACAUCACAAACGUCCUCGAAGGGAUCGGGCUCAUUGAGAAAAAGACCAAAAACACCAUUCAAUGGAAGGGAGAAAGUUCAGGGUGCCAGCCUCAGGAGAUCUUGGAGCAGGUGGAACUUCUGAAAGCUCAGAUAGCCGAGUUGGAGAGGCAGGAAAGAGAGCUGGAUGUGCAGAAAGCAUGUCUGCAGCAAAGCGUCAAACACAUCCAGGAAGACCCAGACAGCAGCAGAUAUAAUUAUGUGACUCAUGAGGACAUAUGUGACGUGUUUAGUGGAGAAACCCUCCUGGCAGUCAUGGCACCUGCAGGCACGCAGCUGGAAGUCCCUGUGCCAGAAAUGUCUCAGAAUGGCCUGAAGAGAUACCAGGUGAAUCUGCGGAGCCACUCGACUCCCAUCCAGGUGCUCCUGAUCAACAGAGAGAACUGUGGCUCCAGACCUAUUGUCUUCUCUGUGCCACCCCCAGAUGAUAUUUGUGCCAUGCCCACCCCGCCCAGCACACCUGCCAGCCUACAAAAGUACCCUCUCACUUCAGAAUCCUGCAGUUUGGAGCACAGCCGGCUCAAGAGUCCAGUGCCUGAGCAGCAGCUCACUCCCUUCUCUACUCCACCUGAUCUUCAUAUGGAAUGUCGCUCUGAGUCUCCUGGCAGCCAGUGCUUGUUGAUGCAGGAGCCUCUUGUUGGGCCAGAGGGUUCAGCAGAGCCACAUGGAGAUCUGGGAGGACAGGAUAUGCAGGCCAUGCUGGAUGUGGGAAAUCUGCUCCGUCUCAACACUGUGGAUCAAAUGAAGGAAGAACGAGAGGGUGUUGCUGAUCUUAUAGAUGAACUCAUGUCGACUGAUGUCUUCCCGCUAUUGCGCCUCUCACCCAACCAUGGUGUGGAUUACAAUUUCAACCUGGAUGACAACGAGGGAGUGUGUGACCUGUUUGAUGUUCAGAUUCUGAAUUAUUAAGAAAAGCACAAUUCUUGUGUGGACUUUGGCACAGCUGUCUUCCCUUCCAUGGUAACACUCCAGAGCAUUGCGACUAGUAAAUGCCAACAUCAUCAUUCAAAACACUCACUCUGUGCUCUACACAGACUGCACCUUGGCCUGAAUUCAUAUUAAUAUUAAAGUCCCUUCACACUGGAAUGUUUUUUUUUCCUCAUCCAUCUGUUUUUCUUAUGACACAUUGAGCACCACAGUAUGAAUCUUGCUGUAUAUUUUGAUAUUAAUAAUUAUAUCACUCAUUGUUGGCCACUAAUAAAUGGUAUAGUUCAUCACACUACAGUACAUUUGACAUGUGUUUAAAAAAACUUGAGAUUUUUUUUGUCUUGCUUCUUUAAGUUUUGGCUGUGUAGUUACUAGAGAAUGUGCAUUAAGAUGGGUUUAUUUGCCUUUAACACAGAGACCUGAAACAGUGUUUUUUUUUUUUUUGUGCUGGUCAGUUUUUUUGUUUUUGGUCAGUUUGUUUCCUGCCUCAUUUCAGCUUUGGAAGUUGUUUUAAAGGAUUUCUCUGUAAAAUAAUUUGUUUUCAUAAUUCUCAUACCUAAUUUAUCAUUUCAAGUACUCUUGAACAAAAGCCUGUUAAGCUGCCUUUAAUAAUCUAACGGUCUGAUGGGCCAAACACACGUGCCUUAGCACUAACUAAUCUAAGCAGUGAUUAGAUUUUUGUUUUGUACAUUUUUGUUAAAUGCUUUUUUUUAUUUAAAAAACAAUAAAACAAUUGCAUGAAUACAACUAUCA